AUGGGCCAACAGGUUAAGUGGCCUCCGAAGAUGAAAGCACCUGACUCGUUCCGGAACCCGGGACUUUGGUGCGACUUCCAUCGCGAUCAUGGCCACAAAACCGAAGACUGCAUCGCCCUGAGGAUCGAGGUCAACGAACUAUUCCAAAAGGGGCAUCUCCGAGAAUUCCUCUCAGAGAAAGCCAAGGCCCACCUCAGCAAAGAGACAGCAGGGAAAUCCAAAGGAGCUGCACCAGCCUCACCACCUCGCCAAGAUCGGGUGAUCCAUGUCAUAUCCGGAGGCUCAGAAGUAAGCAGACGCCUACUUCUAUGCACCGACGAGAUAAGCUUCACAGCUAAGGAGCAAGAGAAGAUCCUAGCUCCCCACCAUGAUGCUUUAGUUAUCUCUCUCACCGUAGCAAACUGCUUGGUGAAAAGAAUACUAGUAGACAACGGCAGCUCCACCAACAUUAUCUUCCAGACAGCGUACCAAGAUCUAGGGCUGGAGGAGAGCACCCUGACGCGCAAGGUAACCCUACUCAUCGUGUUCAGCGGCGAGGUCAAGCAAACCGCCGGAGAGGUUAUCCUCCCAGUAUACGCUGAAUGGGUCAACAUGUCUACCAAAUUCCUGGUCGUAGAUUGCCAAGCGGCAUAUAACAUGAUCUUGGGACGACCCUGGAUUCAUGACAUGGGAGCAGUCCCUUCAACCCUUCAUCAGAUGGUGAAGUUCCCUACACCCUGGGGCUUCAGAAUAACUAGGGGAGACCAGGAGAACUAUCGAUCCUGCUACCAGACCACCCUGAAGGGGAAGACCAAGGUCUUAUAG